UGAAAAUCAGUAAUCCGUGUUAAAAAAAAUCGUUUCACAGCGCAGAAUCACGAUAUAUUAACCAAGUGACAACUACAGGUAAACAAAAUGUGGAAGGGGUCAUUGAUCGAAGAAUUUUUUAGGGCUCCAUUGGAUCGGCGGCGACGGCGACGUGGGAAGGCUCGUGAGUAAUGUUUGUUGAUCUAUGUGGAUGUUCGCAGGGAUUAGCGAUGUCGUGGCGUGGACGAGACGACCGCAGUGACCGAAGCUCGCGGUGGGAGACUCAGGAUCGGCCGGACCCGUGGGCGAAGCGUGGACGUUCGCCCGUGUGGGACAUGCGCCGCGAUUCUCCUGAUCGCACGCGAGGGUCUCCUCGCCAUCACCGCGACCGCUAUGACCGGUACGACCGAACCGGGGACCGUGACCGGCGCGACCGCACCGACCGCGGUGAUCGCGGUGACCGUUACGAGCGGGACGAGCGACGCGGGCGCUCGCGGGACCGGCACGAACGUGCGCGCUCGCGCUCUCGCUCUCGAUCACGGCGACAUUCGCCGCGCCGCCACGAGCGCGAACGUGACUGCGACAUCCCAGCGCCACCUUCGCCGCCAAAGAUCAGUGCACCUGAACCGCCCACCGCACGAUCGCGUAGCCGUUCUGCCAGCCGCGAACUCGACAGUGUCAGCUCUACAUAUGACAAUAAGGACGAACAAGCCGUCAAUGCUUCCCCGGGAGACUGGUUUUGUAAAUGUGGCUCAUACAAUUUUAAAAGGCGUCAAAUAUGCUACAGACGCAACUGCAAUGGAAAGCGAUCAGAAGGGACAGUUUAUGGAGCUGAUGCCGAGAGGCAUGGCUUGACAGAAGGCAUGGGUAUCACAAAAAGACUUUUGUUUAGAAGAUUAGAUGCUUUAACAACCGAAGAAAAAAUAUUAGAGGCAUUGAAAGAGAGGUGCUCAAAGGCUAUUUUAGAUUCUAUAGCAGGGAUCACAAUAGGGAGAGAAACUUUGACUGGAGCGUCCAAGUGCCUCGCAUAUAUAAACUUUAAUUCUAUAGCAGAUUCCACUGCUGCUCAUUCUGAAUUGAUGACUCUUUCGCCUCCACUUGAGAUUGAUAGCCGGGAAGUUUUGAUAUCAUUUUACAAUGAGCCCCAGAAGAUUCCAAAACCUGCUCCAAAUCCAGUAGACUAUUCUAAUUAUUAUUCUCAAAUGACCACAUACACCAACAGUUCAGCUUUGUCUGAAGCAGACAGAGUUAAUGCUGCAGCAGCAGUUGCCCAGUCAGCUAUCACAGCAGCUCAGGCUCGGCAGCUCACAUGGACUCCAUCGGCCCCUACUUUUGUUACGUCAGCUGCACAAGCAGUAACCAAUAUCAAGGCUCCCACAGGUGAUGGAACAACAGUGUAUAAUGCACCUGAUGUAAGGACAUUCAUGUAUGAUGAGACAUCUGGGUACUACUAUGAUCCUUCUUCAGGUCUGUACUAUGAUGGAACCACACAAUACUUUUACAAUAGCCAAAUUAAUCAAUAUAUGUAUUGGGAUGCUACUAGUUCUACUUAUAUUGCAGCUACACAAGCCACACAAAAUACUGAUCAGCCUAAGUUGCCUAGUCCACCAACAGUCACCACAGAUAACACUAUUAUUAAAGAGCCGGAGGAGAAAAAGAAAAAAGAUAAAGAGGACAAAGUAAAAGUUGCAAAAAAGAUAGCCAAAGAUAUGGAAAGAUGGGCUAGAACUUUGAAUCAAAAGAAAGAAAAUGCAAAGAGCAACUAUGUUAUGGAUCAGCCUCAAGACACGGGGCCUAGCAAGGGCUCUGCAGACAUUGGCUUUUCAGUGCUUGGAGCCGGGCCAUCAUUAACACAUGUGAGGGAAAUAUCCCCACCUCCAACUGUUGUCCCAACUGCUCCUGAUGAAUUUUUGAUUAAGAGAGUAGCCGAACCGGCGUUUGACAAUGAUGAUGGCAUUAUUGAUUGGACAAAAUUAACAUGCUUACUGUGUAAAAGAAAGUUCCCUUCUGCAGAGGUUCUUACAAAGCACAAGACUCUUUCAGACCUACAUAAACAGAAUCUUGCAGCGCACAGGAAACAGUCUGAUUCAGCACCGCAGAUGAAUGGGUAUAGAGACCGUGCAGCUGAGCGCCGAAUGAAGUUCGGAGAGGAUGAGACACCGGUCAGAAAGAGGUAUGAGCCACCAGAGCCUAUGCAGCCCCCCAUACAGGCCGCUCCACCACCAUCCGUUGUUGAUACCAUUGGAGGAAAAAUGCUUCAGAAGAUGGGUUGGUCAGCUGGACGAGGUUUGGGCAAAACGGAACAGGGGCGGAUAGCUCCCAUUGAGGCAGAGCAGAGGCCAAGCUUGGCAGGUCUUGGGCAGAAGAGAGGCAUUUACACACCUACUCCUGGGGAGACAUAUCGCGACACUGUAAAAAAGCUUAUGAUUGCGCGGUACAAGGAAGUCGUCGGUCAAGAGGAGGGAAAUUAGAUGGCGAGCCGCCCCGUGUGCCGUGCCCGCGCACCGCGAACCGGCGCAGCGCCAGGACCCGCCAAUCCUUGUUUAGAGCAGGUUUAUUUAUUUGUACAACGUUGUACAAUCGUGAUUUAGCUCGGAUAUUGGAGCUGCUGCCUUUUUGGUAGUAGUAUGGCAUCAAUAGAUACGUCAGAGUAGGUACACACUAAACAACCCAUGUAAACAUACGAGUAUUUAUUUGUGUUGUCAAAUCUGUUGAAUCCUUGAUGCUAUUCUUCUGCCUUGUGC